GGCAGUCGAACCGCCACCCCCGGGUCCUUCCGCGCUGCUGUCGCACUGUCGCAGGUAGCGGCUGUCGGGAGGGAAGGCGCGGAGCGCGAGCGUUGGCAUCAUGGACACAGACCUGUAUGAUGAGUUUGGGAAUUACAUCGGGCCAGAGCUGGACUCUGAUGAUGAUGAUGAUGAACUGGGCAGAGAGGCCAAGGAUCUUGAUGAGCUUGAUGAUGAUGAUGAAGACGAUGAUAUAGGAGAUCAUGAUGAAGAUCAUCCUGGAAUGGAGGUGGUACUGCAUGAGGAUAAGAAAUACUAUCCAACUGCUGAAGAGGUUUACGGACCUGAAGUAGAGACCAUAGUGCAGGAGGAAGAUACCCAGCCUCUCACUGAGCCUAUUAUUAAACCUGUGAAAACUAAGAAAUUCUCCCUAAUGGAGCAGACAUUGCCUGUCACUGUGUAUGAGAUGGAUUUCCUGGCAGAUCUGAUGGACAACUCUGAACUGAUUCGGAAUGUGACCCUGUGUGGGCAUCUCCACCAUGGCAAGACUUGUUUUGUGGAUUGCCUGAUAGAGCAGACGCACCCAGAGAUCAGGAAGCGCUACGACCAGGAUCUUUGCUACACCGACAUACUGUUCACGGAGCAAGAGAGGGGUGUUGGCAUCAAGAGCACCCCAGUGACUGUGGUUCUACCAGACACCAAGGGGAAAUCCUUUCUCUUCAACAUCAUGGACACGCCAGGCCAUGUGAACUUUUCUGAUGAGGUUACUGCCGGCCUUCAUUCGGACGGAGUUGUGCUUUUCAUUGAUGUUAUGCUGAACACAGAGAGGCUCAUCAAGCAUGCAGUGCAGGAGAGGCUGGCAGUGACCGUGUGCAUUAAUAAGAUAGAUCGGCUGAUCCUGGAGCUGAAGCUUCCCCCCACCGAUGCCUAUUACAAACUCCGACACAUAGUAGAUGAGGUCAACGGUUUGAUCAGCAUGUAUUCCACCGAUGAGAACCUGAUCCUCUCCCCUCUUCUGGGGAACGUCUGCUUCUCCAGUUCCCAGUACAGCAUCUGCUUCACACUUGGCUCCUUUGCAAAGAUUUAUGCAGAACAUUGGAGAAUCAAUUACCAGGAGUUUGCAAAGCGACUUUGUGAUAUCUACUUCAACCCCAAGACACGAAAGUUCACUAAAAAGGCCCCGACCAGCAGUUCCCAGCGGAGCUUUGUGGAGUUUGUCCUCGAACCACUGUACAAGAUCCUGGCUCAGGUGGUUGGUGAUGUGGACACCACCCUCCCCCACACUCUGGAUGAGCUGGGCAUCCACCUGACCAAAGAGGAGCUGAAGCUAAACAUUCGACCCCUGCUAAGGCUCGUCUGCAAGAAGUUCUUUGGGGAGUUCACAGGCUUUGUGGACAUGUGUGUGCAGCACAUUCCCUCCCCAAAGGUGGGCGCCAAGACCAAAAUCGAGCACACCUACACUGGCGGCGUCGACUCAGACCUGGGGGAGGCCAUGAGCGAGUGUGACCCUGAUGGUCCACUAAUGUGUCACACCACGAAAAUGUACAGCACAGACGACGGGGUUCAGUUCCACGCCUUUGGCAGGGUGCUGAGUGGGACCAUCCAUGCAGGUCAGCCCGUGAAGGUACUGGGAGAAAACUACACGUUAGAGGAUGAAGAGGAUUCCCAGAUCUGCACUGUGGGACGGCUCUGGAUCUCAGUGGCAAGAUACCACAUAGAGGUGAACCGGGUCCCUGCCGGCAACUGGAUCCUAAUAGAGGGGGUGGACCAGCCCAUUGUGAAGACUGCAACCAUCACAGAACCUAGAGGCAACGAGGAGGCUCAGAUCUUCCGUCCAUUGAAGUUCAACACCACAUCUGUCAUCAAAAUAGCCGUGGAGCCGGUCAACCCUUCGGAGCUCCCUAAAAUGCUGGAUGGUCUGCGGAAAGUCAACAAGAGCUACCCGUCACUCACCACCAAGGUGGAAGAAUCUGGGGAGCACGUGAUCCUGGGGACCGGGGAGCUGUACUUGGACUGUGUGAUGCAUGACUUACGGAAGAUGUAUUCAGAGAUUGAUAUCAAGGUUGCUGAUCCGGUUGUGACGUUCUGUGAGACUGUUGUGGAAACUUCCUCCCUGAAGUGUUUUGCUGAGACACCCAAUAAGAAGAACAAGAUCACAAUGAUUGCUGAGCCACUGGAGAAGGGGCUCGCGGAGGACAUUGAGAAUGAGGUGGUCCAGAUCACCUGGAACAGGAAGAAGCUGGGCGAGUUCUUCCAGACCAAGUAUGACUGGGAUUUGCUGGCUGCCCGCUCCAUCUGGGCCUUUGGGCCAGACGCUACUGGCCCAAACAUUCUGGUAGAUGACACGUUGCCCUCGGAGGUGGAUAAGGCUCUGCUGGGCUCUGUGAAGGACAGCAUCGUACAGGGGUUCCAGUGGGGCACAAGGGAAGGGCCCCUCUGCGAUGAGUUGAUCCGCAAUGUGAAGUUUAAGAUCCUGGAUGCCGUGAUCGCUCAGGAGCCACUGCACCGGGGAGGAGGGCAGAUUAUCCCAACAGCCAGGAGAGUUGUGUACUCCGCCUUCCUCAUGGCCACUCCUCGGUUGAUGGAACCGUACUACUUUGUGGAGGUCCAAGCCCCUGCUGAUUGCGUGUCUGCAGUGUACACUGUGCUGGCCCGGCGGAGAGGUCAUGUGACUCAGGAUGCUCCAAUCCCAGGCUCCCCGCUUUACACCAUCAAAGCCUUUAUCCCAGCCAUUGACUCGUUUGGGUUUGAGACUGAUUUGAGGACUCACACGCAGGGACAGGCUUUCUCUCUGUCCGUCUUCCACCAUUGGCAGAUUGUGCCUGGAGACCCCUUGGACAAGAGUAUCGUCAUCCGGCCCUUGGAGCCCCAGCCGGCACCUCACCUGGCCAGAGAGUUCAUGAUCAAGACCAGGCGCAGAAAGGGCUUGAGCGAGGACGUGAGCAUCAGCAAGUUCUUCGACGACCCUAUGUUGCUGGAGCUGGCCAAGCAGGAUGUUGUUCUGAACUACCCCAUGUGACCGUGCUGCCGCAGAGGCUAACCAGAGACUGCUCCAGUGUCUGCCGGCCCAGCUCCUUCCCUUGUCCUGCAAACAUCUCCUCCCUCGCAGUCCAGCCACCCUGGUACCACAUGUGCCGUGCACUUCUGCUAAGGCCUCAGAAGGACCCUUACUCGCAAGCUUACAGGCUCUGGGUGUUUGGUCAGGAGUCAGCACUCAAGAGUGACAGAAUAUGGACAUGGCUGAUAUCACUCUUGGUCCCCUGCAGCCUGUCACUUCCGUUGCUGUGUACAAGUCAAUUUUAUAGCUGCACGAGGCAGUUCCAGGCCUGACGGGGUUAAUUCCCACCCGUGUUCCCCCAGGAUUACUGGGGACAAACUGCAGUUUCAUGCAGGGGUUUCAUGUUGGGUUCAGCCGCCUGCAGGUGCCUCUGAUAAAGCUGGGAGCUGCCGCCAAGCUCCUGCAGCCGGUGACGUGCACAGGCUUCCAGGGCAGGGCAUAGCCUCUCCUGGGGUGCCGAGGAACGGGGGUGGCCUGUGUCUGGGGGGUUGUUAGUGACCUUGCAGGGAACAGGUGGCGGGAGUCUGGACCUGCUGCCAGUCUGGAUUUUUAUUUCUAUUUUGUAGGAGUUUAUUUUUGAGCUUUGUAAUGACUAAAUAAAACCCCUCUCCCUUGG